ACAAGUCCAAACAAGACGGGCGUAGGCGUUAGCUUUAAAGCAACAUCACCAAGGUUGUUUAGAAGUGCUAAAGUGAAGAAAUAGCGAAGCUAGUCGGCUAAUUAUACAGUGUAGCAGGCUAGCGAUAGUUAGCUGUCAGGUUUUUCCCUCUUCCCCGGACCGGGUGGUGAGCAGAAAGCAGCGCCCCGUCUCCGUCCUCCUCUCAUGUCCAUCCUCUGCGUGUCCCGGUCCAUCAGCGCCCCCUCACACCCCUGUACCCCCCGACUCUGUCCCCCUGAUGCGCAGGACCGAGCGUCAGCCUCAUGACUGCGUGGAUCAUCCUGCCCGUCAGCCUGGCCGCCUUCUCCAUCACCGGGAUAUGGAUAGUGUAUGCCAUGGCCGUUAUGAACCACCACGUUUGUCCUGUGGAGAACUGGUCCUAUAACGAGACGUGCUCAGAGGAAAAGGCUGAACGGGGCUUCCCCAAAACCUGCUGCACCAUCCAGCACAUCCCACUCAUCAGUAAAUGCGGCUCAUUUCCUCCAGAGAGCUGUCUGUUCAGCCUCAUCGGCAAUGUGGGAGCCUUUAUGGUGGUGAUGGUGUGUCUGCUGCGCUAUGCUCAGAUCAUAGAGCACAGUCAGCACUGUUGGACCAACACGAGCAGCCUGAUGUGCGGCUUCACCAACGCCGUGGGACUCGUCAUGGUGGGGAACUUCCAGGUGGACCACGCUAAGACUCUGCACUACGUGGGUGCGGGCGUGGCCUUUCCCGCGGGCAUGGUGUUCGUGUGUCUGCAGUGCGUGCUGACGUACCGUGUCGCCGUCACGCCUCUCGAUUACCUGAUGGCCCACGUGAGGGUGGCGCUCGCCAUCGGCUCUCUGAUCGCCCUCGUCCUCAGCGGCGCCUUCUUCAUCCACGAGAGCUUCGUCCUGCAGCACGCCGCCGCCAUCUGCGAGUGGGUCUUCACCGUCCUCAUCCUCGUCUUCUACGGCACGUUCACCUACGAGUUCGGCUCCGUCACCAGAGACACCUUGAUGGCCGGUAUACAGAGGAACCUCCCCCUCGGGGGCGGGGCUUCCAGGGAGCUCAAGGCUCCGGGCCGGAGCAGCACCACAUCUACACAGCUGAACUGCAUGCCCGAGAACAUAGCUAUGCUUUAACUAAAACAUGCACGCACACACACACACUGCUGCCUUGAACUAAUUCCCAGAAUUCCCUGCACUGCACUGAUUUAGUGGUAUCUUGGCACUUUUAAAAAAAAAUUUUUUUUUUUAAACAUCAGAAUGAUUGUCAGUCGCCAUAUUAACCAACACCCCUGGAAAGCCCGCCCCCUUCGUCAAUCUCUCAUCUUGAAUUUUUACUUUAACAUUCGGCGUUUCAGACACUGCAAAUAUUUACAGCGGAACACUACAAGUGAAAUCUUUGACCGCUUUUUGCCGUGGCCGGAUUUCCGGCGCGUCCCUAAUAACCAUCGUGCGCCUAAUAACCAACCCGCGCAGCUCGCAGUUUUUAACAAACGGCUUUCCAAGUGGAGGAGGCGUGGUUUCAACAAGGCCACACCCUUAAAAUCACGGACAAACUUGAACGUUGUUAUCCCUUAAACGGUGCAGUGCAGGUCAAAUCAAAUAAAAUAAAGUAAACCCAUUCCGCACGUCCACUAUUUCCACUCGUCCUGCCAUCUUCACGCUCCUCGGUUUGCCCGAUCUGCUCCACGGAAAUGAAAGAGAUGCGAGUCGAUUGGCAGACACGGCUCAUGGUGCUUAGCUUGGCUGCUGUAACGUUGGCGUGGAGCGGUUACACGCGCGCACGCUGGGGUUUUGUAAGGGUUUGUAUCGGCCCUCGGGUCGAAACAUGUUUUUAUCACGCGUUUGGUUUUUUUUUUCUGCACAAGACCCCGUUGUUUAGUGGCCUGGAGCUGCUCGCUGCUGUACGGAAACGGUUUGUUUGGUUUUUUUUGCACGUCACGCACGCACGGACGACGUUCCGGCGAGGUGCGUCGUGUCCCGGAGCGUGCCAGCGCGCACGUUUAAGAAAUGUACAAACACAACCUGAAAUCGAUAAUCAAGUAGUCGCACAUCCCGAGAAAAAUCUCCAAUCGUUAGUAAUCACUGCCUUAUAGAGACGAUAAUAUUUAUGCCUGUUUUUUAAUAUCUAUAUAUAUAUAUCUAUAUAUUAUUCUAUAGAUGUUCUGUUCUCUUUAUGCCUGUUUUAUUUUUUGUUGUUGUUAACAUAUCAAUUCUUUUUGUCAUCUCUGUAUUAUCAAUCACACUCGCGUCAUCUUUCCCAGCCGUCCAUCAGGAACUACCCAUGAAUGACAUUUUCUGUCCAUUUACGUCAAAAUUUCAUGCCAACGAUGAGCUUGAUGAUGAAUGUCAAACUUGUAGCCAGUGUGUGUUAGUUUUCUUUUCUUUUUUUUUUAUAUUUAUUAAUUCCGGCCAAAAAUCUAUCUCUUUUUUUUUUUUUUUUUUUGUAUUUAAAAUUUUACAUUUCAUGCCGUUGCCGUGUUCGUUCAGUCUACCAAAGCCGUCGCUAUCACAACAUGGAGCCAGGUUUCCGCCGUACAGCCGUCCGCUUUAACGCGUGACUGAACUGUAAAUCCGUGUGUUGGCGUCCAGGCUGGAUCCUGGAAAUCCCACUGGUGAAGCUGUUUGUGGCCUUAAUCCUCCGCUAGAUGCGCCUCGAAACCCAAAGUAGGGCUCGGUCGUUUGCGCCGUCGCAUCUAGUUUCGAAUUCCGCACAAACGUUUGCCGGACAAACGUUUUGCUCGUACUCGAGGAUUCCGCCGCCGGACCCGCCGAAGCUUCCUGUCCCGCGGACGGGAUUCGGAGGAGCUUGUUUACGUCCUCGGUGCCGCGAGGAUCGUUUUUAGCCGGGCGAUUUUAACGCUUCAUUUCUUCUUCACGUCAUCGACACUGUUUCCUGCAAGGUCGGAGUUCUGACACUGGAGACUCCUUCCGUGAACGUUAGUCUCAUUACCAUAGCAACAAUUACGCACUUUUCGAAAAAAAUAGAUGUAUACGUGGACCGUACGAGUCCCUGUGAACGUGGCCGUUACUAUAGAAACGAUAAUGUAUCCGAGCGUCGUCAUCACCACCUGAAAAACUGCCGACGUUUUAGGAAGGAAUUUUAUUGGAUACGUAGUGGAGAUCUCUGAACUCCGCAGACGUGCGCCGCGUGUCGUCGCCAAAUCGUGCGCACGUUAAAGCGGACGGUUUUAUUUCUUUGAGAACGCCAAAAACGGCACACGCACGCAGAACCCAAGUCAGGUGAGCGCGCUACCAUUUCGCGACCUCGAUCAUUCGUUUCUUUUUGUACCACGCGGCCUGUUCGAGGACGGAGAACAGCUUCACAGGAGGGAAACGUGUUUCAGCCGUCUUAUGUUUUCGCCCGGCUCCGUUUGUACGGGACGACGUGUCCGGCGUACAGCGUUUACAACCGAACCGAACCGAAUGUCGCCCUGCUGUAACGCGAUCUGUAGUUGUCUCUUCCAUCACUGUAUGAAGUGCGGCGCUGCCGACUGCACCGAUCUGUGUCACCGUUUGUUUUGGGGUUUUUUUUUAAAAGCGUCCAAACUUUCAACAGCCUGGAACACACAUUUUCAGCAACAGAGCAAUAGACUUGUGACAUGUCGCUUCCAGCGUCUUUUACAUCAGCGUUCACUUAACCAAAGUAUGUACUAUUUUUGGCUUUAAGAAAAAGGCCCAGACAGUCACGUUA